AUGAACUCUAAAAUUCAAAGAUGGUCUCUAAAGGGAACGACUGCUCUCGUCACCGGCGGAACCAAAGGCAUAGGAUAUGCCAUUGUGGAAGAGCUGGCAGGACUUGGAGCAACCGUGCAUACCUGUGCCCGUAACGAAGCGCAGAUUCUUGAGAGGCUUCAAGAAUGGGAAAGUAAGAGACUCAAAGUAACUAGCUCGGUUUGUGACUUAACCUCUAAAGCACAAAGGGAGAACCUCAUAAAAACCGUCUCCUCUAUUUUUUAUGGCAAACUUAACAUUCUUGUAAACAGUGCUGCGACUUGCACACUUAGAGGAACUAUAGAUUACACUUUGGAAGAUUUCUCAAGUAUGAUGGAAACCAAUGUUGAAUCUCCCUACCAUCUUUCUCAACUUGCACAUCCUCUCUUGAAGGCCUCAGGAAAUGCAAGUAUUGUCUUUGUUGCCUCCAUUGCCGGUGUAGUAGCUCUACCGAAACUCUCUGCCUAUGCAGCAACAAAAAGUGCAGUCAUCCAAAUUUCAAAGAACUUGGCAUGUGAAUGGGCAAAAGACGCCAUUCGUACUAAUGUUGUGGCGCCAUGGGCUGUCAACACCGGUGUUAAAGUUGAAUAUGCAAAUAGUCGAACUCCCAUCCGCCGUCUUGCACAGCCUAAUGAAAUUUCAUCUCUCGUCACCUUCCUUUGCCUGCCAGCUGCUUCUUACAUCAAUGGACAAGUUAUUAGUGUUGAUGGAGGAUUUACAGUUAACGGCUUCUAGAGAACUCAUCUCAUCAAUGUCUAGGUUGCAAAAUAAGCAUCCUAAUCACACAUUAGCUAACAAUCCCAAAAGUUCUUUUAUUUUUUUCCUAUGGAUAAUAAUCAGUCUGUCCAAUUUCUAUAGAGACAGCUAAAUGACC